GAGUGGUGCCAGUUCAUCACAAGGUAAGCACGAGCGAGUUACAAAACAGCGUAUUUUCGUGUAAAUUGCUUCGAAAAUGGGGAAAAGGAAAGCCACAAGGGUAUCACCAGGGCAUGUUGAGGUACAGUGUGAUGUCUGGCUGACUGCUAAACCUCCCAAGAAACAGAAAGUUUUGAGCAGGGAUCCCCUACAUUUCCACAACGGCCAGAUGCGUGACGAACCAACAUUAAUAAUGGUUCCGAUGGCAACAAAACAAACCACCCUUAAUGACUUCUUUGGAAAGCGCAGAGAUUUGAAGACUGAUCAGAAAUGUCUUCACUCUGUGCGAGCCCAGCCUAAACAAGCAUGUCACGACAACGACAACAGGCCUGAACUUCAUCACACAGAGCACCACAGAAUUUUACAUCAGAUUCAGUCGACCCAUGAGAAUAUUAUGCCAGAUGCCCGAAUUGUUGAGUCUCCAAUUAAACAAAUAAAAGCUCAAUCUGUGAGUCGGAUUUUCCGCAAAGAUUUGGCAUCGCACCAUUGGGACGAGAAUGCAGUAAAUAGCUGCUAUGGCAACCAGAAACCCACAAAUCCUCGUCUUUCAAACACAAAACAUCAGAACAGAUGUCAAGUACAAGAAAGUAAGGAAAAUGUCCGGCAUGGAAGCCUACGAAAUGAGGAACAGAAUCAUCAGGCAGACUCUGUUGAUGAUUAUGAUGAAGAUGAUGUCAUUUCUGUGGAUGCAGUUAGCAUGAGGAGAAGUAGUGGCAAGUCCAAGGACAAGGAUGCCUUUCUCAAGCAGAGAACAAGACUCAGAAAUGUUCAAACACAUGGAAGUGGUUCUCAUCUACCUUAUGUUGGCUUGCUAAAGUCCACAAAAGCCUCGUCUGAUGAGAGCUCGGUUAACCCUCCAGUUAACGACCACCCGGCGUGCAGGAUAACCUUUGUACCUCUCGAGGAAGCGGAAAGUUCUCUUUUGUCUCAAGAAACAGAGCUGGAAUCCUCCACAGUUGAUCAGUCGGCGUGUAGCUACCGCUCCAUGAUGCCACUUGGAGACUCAGACACCCAGCCUGGUUUAAACAUCAACAUGUUGCGGUACGUCGAUCCCGAUCUCUUGGACACAGCACCCAUGCCCGAAUCGCAAACAGAGAGAACUGAUAGCGGCGAUGAACAGCUGAUAAGCACCCAUUCACUUGCUGAAUCUGAUGUCAACCUGAGCAUUGGAUAUCUAAAGGUAGCAGACCCUGUACUGUUGGAGGUAAACACGGCAGAUAUGUCAACAGAGGAAGAAGGGGUGUUAUCAGAAGGGAAUUGGGCUGUGGACGACCCAGCCCUGAUGGCGGAUCAGAGUCCGCUUGAUUCGCUGGAGUUCAUUAUCGGGACGCAGGGUUGUUUGGUUCUUAAAAGACCACCAGCAGCGGAUGAUAUGGAUGAUUGUGACGUGGACGAUUCACAAAUGUUUUGAUUGGUGAAACUAUCAGGUUAUUUGUUGAUUUUUGUCUACAAACUGGUCAUAAAGGAAUCUCACCUGUAAACUGUGGAAGAGUGCAGAUUUAUUUAACUUUUAAGCACUGUGUGUCUCCAUGGGUGUAUUUUGCUUGAUGCCAGAAAGAAGAACUUUUUCUCACGAAGAGUGGAUAGAAGUUAUUUUUUGAUUAAAAAAAGUUGAAUUCCCGAGCCCAGAUAUUACCGAAUCCUCGGUAUUUUUUGUGUAAUUUAUUUUUUUUAUAAAUUGCAUUAACUGUUCAUUACAUGCGGAUUCAACUUAACUAUUUAAUGCAUAAGCAGAUCGAACGCAUGGGUCAUUAAAAAUUGUCCAAGAAGCUGCAUAUUAAUCAUGACCUCGAUGCAUACAAUCUGUAAUAAAGAAAAGAAAGACAA